AUGACAUUAUCGCUCUCAUGGGGUCGUAUAGUAAAUUCCACUUUAUAUCCAGUCAAUUUUGCUAAUUCUUACCUCGACCUAUCGUCAAUAUAUGGCGUUGAUAAUGCUACAGCGCGAAAACUUCGAACUUUUAAAGAUGGCAAAUUAAUUACUGGAGAUUUCAUAGGAAAUGGUGGUGCUUAUAACACUGCACUAAAUAACGUAUCUAUAAAAAAUUUUGCACCAGCUUCUGGCAAAGUAGGUCUUUCUCCUCAUCUUUUGCCGCCAGAAAUUAAAGUAGAUGAUGGGCUUGUUAGUGGCGACUUGCGUUGUUCAGAAAAUAUUCAAUUACCUGAAUUGACAGACGAUGAGACUAUUUUUCAAUAUGCUAGAAAAAUAGUAAUUGGAGAAUAUCAACAUAUAAUUUUUGAAGAAUAUUUACCCUCAGCGCUUGGUGUUGAAAUGCCACCGUAUUCGGCUUCAGGAACAAAUGGAAAUGGUGUUGAUAAUAUAAUCGUUAGCAUGUUGAGAGCAACAUCUGCGGAGUUCGAUUUAGAAUUUUCAAGUACAUUACGAAACAUGCCUGGUGUUAUUGAUCUGGCAGCCGUAGACAUUGCUCGAGGUAUGUAUAAUCUUAUUUCAUAUCAUAUUAAUAGUACUGCACUUAAAUUAUUUCUCUCCACAUCAAAAGGUCGUUUACUCGGUCUUCCGGAUUAUGACACAUUCCGUGCUGUAUAUCAUCCCGCGGGAAGCGUUUACAGCAAUCCAAAUUGUACUCGAUCAGACGCGCAAGAUUCUGUGAACUGCUUUAAUAUCAUUACUAAUAACAUAACAAUUGCGACAAAAUUACAAAAAAUUUAUGGUAAAGUCAAUCGGGUAGAUGCAUUCAUUGGAACUUUUGCUGAGAGUAAAAAUGAAAACGCUCCUUUACCACCAACAAUUACCGCAAUGAUAAGAGAAGAAUUUCUUCAAAAAAGAAGCUCUGAUAGAUUUUGGUAUGAAGGAUCAAAAUAUACAACUGAUGAAAUUGAAUUGAUUAAACAAGCUACCAUGAGAGAUAUUAUCAUGAGGAAUACAG